UUUUAUAUAUUUUAUUACAUUUUGCACGAUAUCUUCGAUCAGUUUUUUGAUUUUAUUUCUUAUAAACGAUAAAAUUUUGAAUAGAGAUCUUUUGAACUAAACAUGACAAGCCUAUAUAAUAGAAACGGUGGAUGGAGGUCUUCCAUCAAGUGACUCUUUGUUCUACAUACUAUCUGGGUGAUUCCAUUAUAACUGUGAUAUUCAAUGUCCUGUAUUGUUUUUUUGUACUAGUCAUUAAUUAAUAAUCAAUUAAUAAAAAUUUUGUGUUAAUUGAAUAAUUCUUAAGAUAUUUAAACAUUAUUUUUAUACAAUAUAACUUGCCACUUAAAGAAAACUUAUACUACAUCACUUGAAUGUCAGUACCGUGUCAUGUCCAUUCCUAGAAUUUACCGAUAAAUUAUUAAUUUUUUUUGUCGUAACAAAUGAUUUAAACUAAUUACCUUAUAAAUUCUAAUGUUUAUGAUCAAACUGAGGAAAAUUGAUGCACUUGUUGUUUAAUAUCUUAAGUUACCAUGUCAGUACCGUGGAUAAAUGAGUCAGUACCGUGGAACUCAAAAUCCGACAUUUGUGUCUUGCUCGUGAUACUUUGAAGUUGUAGUAAAUUCCUCUUAGAGUUUUAUUUUUACAGUAAAAUAGAUGAAUAAUAUGCAUAAAAAAGUUAGAAAAGUUAAAUUUUAAAAUCUUGAAAUUUUGAAUACAAAAAAUCACAGUUAGAACGGAAUCACCCAUCUAUCGAUUGUCUUCUUCGCAAGUCCAACUACAAGACAUACGUCCGUGGAUAUAGACAAAAUUUCAAUGUCAAAAUAUUUUAUUACUCCUAUUAAUCCUAUUAAUUGGAUACAUUUAUUAUAGCGAAUCUGCAACGUCUCUAGACCUUCCAAAAAAAAUGUUUCUUCUUGCUCUGCAAACCAGACCUCCACAGCUUUUAGUACCUCCUGGUUAGAAGGAAAAUUGACGACCUUUUAAACUUUUUUUCAGUUGAGGAAAGAGAUGAUAGUCGGACGGAGCCAAAUCUGGUGAACAAGGGGAGUAUUCUGGUAAUUCAAACCCUAAAUUACGAAUUUUGUGCAUGGCAACAUGAGAUUUGUGUGCAGGGGUGUUGUCCUGCAAAAGCAAAACUCCUUUGGAUAGCUUUCCGUGAUCAGUAAUGUCGAAUAUAAAUCUCCAAUUAUUGCUCUACCCUUAUCCAGAAAAACAAUCAUGAUUACUCCAUGGCAAUCCCAAAAAACUGAAGCGAGAACUUUCCCAGCAGAUUUUUGGACACGAAACUUCUUGCACGCUGCAAAGUGUAUGGUACUUGAAGAAGAAUUGAAUCAUAGAUGAAGCGUAGAUUUUGUAACUCAUUCACCCUGUAUAUUAAUAUUUUCAUCUACCUAUUUGUUUAAAUAACAAUUCGUAAAAGUCCGACCUUUGGAAUAAUUAGUCAUAACGAUUAUUUCUACCGUGUUGAUGUUAAAGUUUUGAUUUGAUUCAUAUGAAUAUUAUUGCUGACGUAUUAGUCACGUGAUGGAAGAUUUCUGCCGUUGCUACUGCACUUUCCGUAUAAAAAAUCGGGUCUUGUAACUGUCAUUCGAAAGUGGUUGAAGGUAGCGAUCGCCUUCAUAAAUUAUAGAUCAAAACGACGAACUAGAUUUAAUUAUAUACAUAUUCUCUAAUAUACAAGGUUCAGAUGCAAAAAAAUCAGAGGUGAGUAAAUGACGACCUUUCCAAAUUAUACAUUCGGACCUUAGGACUUUUCGACGAAUGAUUACGUAUGUUCAUGAAGUUUGACGGAAUAAAUAAUUCUAAACUACUAUCUUAAAGCCAGGGGCGGUCUCGUGCCUAAUAGUUAACAAUCCGUAACUUUUACAAGGACAACCGGUACAAUAUAAAGAGGGAAACUCCAUUAAAUGGUUUAGGAGAUAUGUGGAUUUUUAGAUCGUGGAAUAUACCAAGGAAACCGUUCGUAUAAAGGAAUAUUCUGAAGAAAAUAAUCAGGGAUAUUUCUGGGAGUCACAACUAUAUAUCAGGGACAGAACAAACUUGGGUAUAAUGCCCCGUUGCAAGGAACCACAACAUUGCAUCCAGAUCUACACAUGACAUCUAUGGAUCGCCGGAACAACGGCCAACGUAUUUAUUUGUUAAUCUAUGUAAUGAAUUAGAACAGAAAAUAAAGACCUUUUUGAAUAAUAAUAACAGGCUAAGUUGAUGGACCACAAGCAGGCAAAAGCUUGAAGCAGGCAACUUAGACCAGGCAAUAAACACCUACGCCACACCUGUUUUAACGUACUAAAACAGAGCUAGAAGGUAUUCAGAAGUUGACACGAAGAAUGAUGACGAAGAACAACAACCACCACCCGAAGUCAUCCCCUAUUAGAGCAAAAUUACCCCGAAAAGAAGGUGGAAGGGGCUCGAUCGACCUUCUCAACCAGCACUCUCGGCAAGUAAUGGAACUACAUGAAUUCUUUCAUAGGAAAUCAGAAACCUCAACCCUAGAUCGGAUUAUAUCCAAGGAUUACUCAACCCUCAACCUCGCAUCACCAGAAUCACGAAAGACACUACACGGUAGACAUUAUCACGACCUCAACCAGCCGCAUGUUGACAAGGAAGCUCCAAACAGAUGGCAAUCUCUUUCCAGAGAUCGAAGACUUCAUGAUGACUAUUAUUAACACGAAUAACUACAAGAAAAAUGUUAUCAAGGAUCCGAACACUCAAACAAACCUCAGAGACCAUUCAACAUCUGCUUGUUAGCUAUUUAUACCGACAUAACCGAGUGUGCAACAUCAUCCACAAGAAACUGGCCAACAAGUUCGGGCUUCUUAAUACGCAUACACCGUACUACAAGUACCAGCCGCGGAAGGGGCUCGAAAAUGACAAUUUUAGACUCUACUACGAUAGAUCGAUAGACAGGUGGUUGAUGGAAGAGUCAAUUCAGUCGUUCCUGUCGAUGUAGCUAUACCGAGCACUAAUAAACACCAGGAAAAACUGACAAAAUACGCGGAUCUCGUAAUUGAGAUGUAGCGCAACGAAAUUGUGGAAAUGGUGCCAGUUAUUACGUCAGGAACCUAAGACAAACUAGGGACUAACAAAAAACACCUUCGCAGGUGUGAAUACCUGCCACACAGUGCGCAGAUAGGUAAAUAAUAAUAAUCAUAAUGAUCGAAUGUACAAUUUAACUUUAAAGGCGUAUAACUCGGAAACGAGGGAUCGCGCGAUAAUUUUUUUUUGUAACGGCGUUAUUUUUACGUCACGAAUUUUUUGCAUCAAGUCCCCGAUCGCUUUAUAGAUAACAUAAUAAGUUUCAUUGUGUCGGUAAGGUAAAAAAAAAAAAAAUCGAAACACAGUUUGUAUAAAUUCAACGACGAACGCAUCACAAUUAUUUCCCGAUACCGAACCAGCGUGAUAUAAAGUUGAAUGUAACACGAGGGAAGGAAACUCUCAAAAACAACUACAGUCGAUAGUAAACGUCACAGAGCAACAAUCACAAUGAUUUUUUUACAUUUUAAUAAACAAACAAACGACACAGAGAUAUUCGUUUUUAUAUAAAAGUGAGGAGUGUUAAAUAAAUUGUUUAUAUAAAUAUAUAUAUUUUUUUUUUCGAAUAAUAGAAGGAAAUGAAAAGUGUUUGGUGAUGGUGGCAUGUGAAUUUUGCGGUACCACGUUGUGGAUGGUGACCAGUAUCGGGACGACGUUUCUAACAAUAUUAGGAAACACCUUGACCUUGUGUACGAUUUUGAUGAGUAAAAAGUUAUCUUCUUUAACGGCUAAUUAUUUUAUAUUCAGUUUGGCGGUGAGUGAUCUCAUGGUGGGUGUUUCUAUACCGUAUCAUAUGUUAUUUUAUACUAAAAGUGAUUUUGGUGCCGUGAAAAUCCGGUGUCUACUUCGAUUUGUGCUGACGUCUUUCGCUUGCUCCAGCUCCAUAUGCAACUUGUUGUUCAUCGCCAUGGACAGAUAUUUGGCCAUUGUUUAUCCGCUGCAUUACGCUAGAUUUAUGGUGAAAAAAACCGCUUACGCCCUUAUAGCCGUCGGUUGGGUUGGGGCGUUUUCGGCUGCUUUCGUCCCGCUUAUUUGGAACGAAUGGACCGAGGGGGUUACUUGUGAGGUUGUUAACGUUUUCCCUCAUAAUUACAUGCAAUUUAUAUUACUGCCAAUGUUUUCGUUAAUUUGGACGACUAUGUUUCUCCUAUAUACGAGGAUUUGUCAGGAAGCUUCGGGACAACAGAAGAAAAUUAGAGUUAACGGAUUAAAGCAUCAUUCGAAAUCGUUUCAGGUGACACUGAUAAUACUUGGUUGUUUCACCAUAUGUUGGUUGCCUUAUUUUGUGAUAGUAGUAUACAUUAGAUCAACAAAAAGUUCCGAAUCCGCUACACUAUACGAGGUAUUCUUCAAUCUGGCAAUGGCCAAUUCCUGCAUGAAUCCCCUGAUCUAUGCUUGGAAAAAUAAGAAUUUCCGGAAAGGAUUUUUCAGUUUAUUAAAAUGUCGACAUCCCGAUAAGACAACGGAUUUCGUAACAAAUCACGUGCCCAGCAAGAGAAAUUCAGCUAACGCAGUUUGGAACAUUCAAUGCCACAGAGAAGAAUUGACAACUGGUACAGAAAUGUCUAAUUAUGAUGAAAAAGGUGACAACGUUGUAGUUCAAGGUUCAGAAGAGAACGAGUUAAGAAGAGAAACUAUAUAAUAAGAGAUUUCAAAUCAUAUUUAUGAUAGUUUAUUUACUUUUAUAGUUAUCAUAAUUAUAUUUGAACAAUUAUUUGUAUUUUAUAUCAUAUUGAUUAAAAUUAAAACUGAUUUUAUGAUAAAUUUCCAUGGUAAGUACCGAACCCUUUAGAACGUACAAUAAACGAUGAACAAAUAAGUCAAUCACA